GUUCUAGAGAUGCAUCUCCCAGUGCUGACAGACCUGAAACCUUGCAGUUACAGACUGAAACCUGCUCUGACCUUGACACAGAGAAAACCUCUGUCACAUUCACACAGGUCCCCGCGCUCUCCAGCGAGGUGGUCACCCAGCAGGACAGCUCACAGGCAGGCCGCAUCCAGCCUCGCCAGGAAGAACGGGGCUGGGGAAUCGUUAGGCCUGCCCAUGAGGAGAAGAAACCCCAAACCUCCAGAAGCUUGAUGAGGCUGAGGAGACGGACCAAGGCUCUGGUGUCAAAGGAAAGGGAAUCAGAGCGCGAUGUGCAGCUCAUCGAUGCUGAUGGAACGGUGAAAAAUCAAACUGCUGGUGCAGAGGAGCUUCACUCACCUGUCUUCAGGCGAAGCAGUCUCUCAAACGCUGAGGAACGUGCUCAGAGAGCAUCCAGACCGGCACUUGUGUGGGGAGAAGAAAGCAGUUUCACUCCUCCCGACGCAGCGGCAGGAGUUGUUCCAGACAGGCUCCAAGACUGUGUCCCCCCAGGGGAGCCCGAGCUGCUCCCGUGUGUGCUGAGGGGCAGCAGCGGUGUCUGGCAGCCCGAGUCCCCACCUGCUCCGGCUGCAUCUGAUGCCCGUGAGCCCACAUGGCCGUGUGCAGAGAGUGGUGACUCUGUUUCACUGGACUCCAGUGGUGAUGGAGGGAAAGAAUCCUCCAGUAUAAUAAACCAAACAGAGGGUGAGAGUGUGUGUGAAGAUCAGGGAGAAUUACGCAGGCUCUUGGAUUUGAUGUCAGAAAAUGAAGUAUUGCCUGAUGAUGGAAAUGACACUGUAACUAGUGAGAGCAAGAGCCAUGAAGGAAAUCAAAGUGACGCUAACAGGCUAGAUCCCUUCCCUGCAGAUCUUGCUCUGGGCAGUGUUGAAGAACUGUUGGAGAACCAACAGCCUGAAAUUCAGUCAAGACUUUCUCAUCCAGAAGAGGUGACAGCUCCUGAAGGCUCACUCAGCUCUUGCACGGUGGUGGAAGGGCUUCUCUUUCCAGUUGAAUACUACGUCAGGACAACUCGACGCAUGUCUAAUCGCCAGAGGAAAGUAGACCUGGAUGCCGUAAUCCUCAGCCAGCUGGGCAGGAGCAGGAGAGGCCAGCGGAGUAAGUGCAAGCAGAAAGAUGCAAGCUCAGAUCAGCCCUCCCAAGAAAGAGCUGAAAAUGAUUUGGAGUCGGGGAUCACGCCGUUGCCUUUUGGUGCAGAAAAUGAUCCAGCAAAUCCAAGCAGUCCUCAGAAGUCUCCCCCUGCGUCCAGCGGCAGCAGCACAUCACUGGGGUCGGUUUCUCACACCAGUGCCACUGGCACAAGGCGGGAUCAGAGACGAUCGCGGAGGAAACAACAGGGAAGGAGAAAGUCGACCCGCAAAGCCCCCGUGUGUCAGGUGUCACAGGAACUGAUGGAGAGUCUGGAUCUCCUGACAGCGGGGCAGAGCCCUCGUCUGCUCUCCAAUGAGUGUCAGACUGAGAAGGGAAACUGCGAGGCCAAUGUCGGAAAGUCAUCUCCAGAUGAGAGGGGGUUGUCUGCUGCUGCAGCUCGUGGGUCUGGAGAGACAGAAGCGGCCGGUGCGGUACGGCCAGCGGGGGCUGAUCCUCCUCCUGGAGGAAGCCGAGAGCUUGGCAGAUGCCCCGAGACUCUGGUGGAGCAGGUUCAGAGGCCACUUCAGAGCAGCGAUUCUCUGAACCCGGGGAAUGACUCUUUUGCUGGCCAUACAGGAGAUCUGGAAGCCAACCUGCUGGUGUGCCAGGCGGAUCAGAGUCCCGUGGAGCACGUUAGGAAUGAACACGCACGAGGAGCCUGCAGGGCCGAGCAGCUCCUCGCGAUGAACGUCCCUCGGCGCCGCUCCCUGCGCUGCUCUGCGGGACACAGAGCCAGUCAAGAUGUGAGCGAAAGAGAAGGCAGCUGUCCCGUGGGCUCAGAGGCUCCUGCUCUCGGCCUCCCUGCUGUGGACCCCGAUACUCGCAGCUCUCUCUUCUCCUUCCACAGUCUGCAGUGGCUGGCCUCCAGACUGGGUGUCAGAGAGUUUCACUUACCAGAGGAGGAAUUUGGGCUACUGAAACUUGAGAAAUUAGAAUCUUCCCCUGUGAAUGACUUGGAGGUUUUUGUUCCUAGUGUGUUUGGAGAUGCUGCGGCUUCAGAGGACACACAAGAUGCACAAAUGAAUCCGGAAGAAGAAAGUCUCAAAAAUAAUUUGAUUUCACCUUUCAGAAAUGGGUUGCCCAAGUUACCCCAGGUGGGAAGCCCAGCUUCCCAGAGGGAACUUUCCACCCACGAAUUGCUGUUUACUCCCGUGGGGACUGUCUUGCCCGGUGCUCCCACUCAGCCCGAGUCUCAGAUUUCCUCACCUCUUUUCCCUGUGGUGGGUGCAACCCCAGCUGUUUUACCAUCAGGACGCAGUGAGGUCUUGCCCCACACACCUCCUGUGCCUCCCUCACAAGCGAGCCCACGUUCCUCCAAAGGAGCAUCUGCCCAGGAUGGUGGGGAAUGCAGAGUCUCUGCCGCUCCCCCGCGCUCGGACAGCUGUGGCGCAGGGUCUGCUGGAAAAGAGGAGGAACGAGGUACCACGAUUCCUUUAGAAGCUGAAAGAGGUCCUGAUAAUAAAUCUGAUGAGGCUGUGGCCUUGGAGAACCAUCAGCAGUCAGAGAGCAAACAGCAGAGAUCCUGCAGAGCUUCUCCUGAGCAGAAAAAAGACGUAGCAGAACAGCUGACUCCGGUACUGCUCGAUGGGCUGAGAGAAGAGAGCUUGCAGCUCGUGUCAAAGCUGAAGGAUUGUGCAAGUUCCUGCGCUGUGGAUGUCAGUACCAUGUGGUGGGAAGCAGCUGGCAGCAGAGAGCUGUGUGUGGUGACAGCUUGUGAGAGUUCUGUCUCCCUGUGGAAACCUCUGACAUCCGACCGCUGGGGAAAGCUCUAUACCUGGCAGCUCGGAGAGAUUCCUGUAAUACAGAUUGUUCCUCUGCCAGACACCUGUAAUCUCGUGUGCAUAGCACUGGGAGAUUUGGAGAUUGGAGAAAUAAGGCUCUUGCUUUAUUCUGAGAGUGACUCAUUCAAGCAGUCACUGGUGAAAACUGGAAAUAUAAAAGCUGUUCUUGGGCUGAAGGAGAGGAGGCUGGUCAGCAGCAGCAGGACCAUGCAAGAGCAGCAAGUGGAGGUGGUGUCGCUUGCAGAGACAGGAAGGAGCAAGGACAGACAGACUUUGAUGCCCCCUGAAGAAACCGUUUUAGCUUUUGCUGAAGUAGAGGGAAUGAGAGACGCCCUGGUUGGCACCACUGCGGUGAACAGCAUCGUUGUCUGGAAUUUGAGGACAGGCCAGCUGCUGAGGAAGAUGCACGUUGGUUAUUCCUACCCAGCUUCCAUCUGCCACCGGGCGUAUUCCGACUCCGGCCUUCUGUUUGUUGUUUUAAGUCAUCCACAUGCCAAAGAGAGCGAGUCCUGUGGAAACCCCGCGUUCCGCGUGAUAGCCUUCAACCCCCGAACAGCCCGGAGCACCGGAGUGAUGGUCUCCUGCCCCCCGCCCGGGCACUCCGGAAGGUACCUGGAGGGUGACGUGAAGGAUGCUUCUGCUGCAGCCGUGCUGACAUCG